AUGAUCUCCGCUGUGGACGCCGUGCGCUACCUCGCCUCGGGCAAAGGCGUGUUUGACUCCGUCUGCGACCUCAUCAUCCGCCCCCCGCGGGCGGGGUACGACCCGGAGACGGACCUGGGCCCCUCGCUCUUCCGCAUCAGCGGCGACUCGGAGCUCUUUGCCCGCAGCGACCACACCCUCACGAACAUGCGCGGGAUGGCGGUGGAGUGCUCGUGGUUCCACCCCAAGGAACCCCGGCGGCAGCCCUGCGUGGUGUACCUCCACGGCAACUGCGGCUCCCGCUUCGACGCGUUGGAGGCCAUGUUUCUCUUGCAGCACAAUUUUUCGCUCUUUGCCUUCGACGCGACGGGGAGCGGGCUGUCGGACGGGGAGUUCAUUUCGCUUGGCUUCUACGAGCGGCAGGACCUGGCGGCGGUCGUGGAUUUUCUUCACAGCCAAAAGACUGUUGACGGGAUCGGCCUCUGGGGACGUAGCAUGGGGGCAGUGACCUCCAUCAUGUACGCCGCGAAGGAUCCCUCGAUAAAGUGCAUGGUCUGCGACUCGCCCUUUUCCACACUGCGUCUCCUCAUAAAGGAUUUGGUGAAGCGCAACGUCUCGAAGCGAUUCCCAACGAAGCUUGUGGAAAGCAUUGUCGAUCGCAUUCGCAAUCGCAUUGCGAAGCGGGCCGCCUUUGACAUCAAUGACUUGGAUGCACUGAAGUAUGCGCGCGAGUGCGUGGUGCCGGCGUUUAUAUUUCACGGCUCCAGCGAUGACUUUGUGUUGCCGAGGCACUCCAUUGCGGUGUCCAACGCCUUCAGGGGGUCGUGCCUGCACCACGUGGUGAGCGGCGGCCACAAUGACGAGCGCGGCGACAGCGUGCGGGAGGUCAUCGCCGCGUUCUUUGCGCUCUACCUGGUCCACAAGCCGCAGGGGGAGCGGGAGCGUAGGGCGGGGGCCCAGCCCGUUUUCCUAAAGGGGAUGCAAACAGAGCCGGAGAAGGCGCCAGCCUCAUCGGGCGUAGAGGAAGACGCCGCCGCCGCCGAGGAGGAGGAGGAGGAUAAUGCGCCCAAUGAUGAGCCAAAUUUUGCCCUGCUGUCGCCUAUUCGUUUUGCGAAGCCGCACUUGUGUGCCGCCUCCUCAACAUCGGCGCCGACGAGUGAGGAGAACACCGCCGCGGAAAAGGAAAACACAACCGCGUGA